AUGUACCAACAAAGUCGACGCGCAAUCAAGUCAACAUGUACCAACCAAGUCGAUGCACGAUUAAGUCAACAUUUACCAAACAAGUCGACGCACAAUCAAGUCACGGCCUGGCAACUGCACCCCAAAGUAGCGAACCUCACCGGCCCGUUCAAGAGCCUAUCGGCGACGCACCUGGCACGCGCGGCGAUCACAAAGCGGGCAGUCGGCAAUCCCGGU